AUGGAGAGCGGCUUACCAUUGACUGCGACGUUGUCGUCGAAAUGGGAGAGGCGAUCGAAAUCAAAGAAUUCUCAGACCACUUCCAAAUCCUCUCUCCUUAUGGUCUUCCUCUCUUGCCUCGCCUGGCUCUACGUUGCCGGACGUUUGUGGCAAGAUGCAGAAAACGGAAUGCUACUGUCUAAUUUACUGAAGAAGAAUUCCUUGCAGCGGCCGAAGGUGCUUUCGGUGGAUGACAAACUAAUGGUCCUAGGAUGCAAGGAUUUGGAAAGGAGAAUUGUUGAAGCUGAAAUGGAAUUAACACUGGCGAAGAGUCAAGGUUACCUUAAGAGCCAAGUGCAGCGGAGUGAUUCCUCUUCUGGUAAAAAACUACUCGCUGUUAUUGGAGUUUACAGUGGUUUUGGGAGUCGGUUGCGGCGUAAUACAUUCAGAGGGUCUAUGACAUCAAAAGGUGAUACUUUACAGAAGCUUGAAGAAAGAGGGAUCAUUGUACGAUUUGUGAUUGGUCGAAGUCCUAACCGCGGUGACAGCUUGGACCACAAUAUUGAUGAGGAAAAUCGUGUGACAAAGGAUUUUUUGAUUCUUGAUGGUCAUGAGGAGGCUCAAGAAGAAUUGCCCAAGAAAGCAAAAUUCUUCUUUAGCACAGCAGUCCAGACUUGGGAUGCAGAGUUCUAUAUAAAAGUUGAUGACAAUAUUGAUCUUAACUUUGAUGCGUUGGUUGAACUUAUCAAGAGUCGACGUGGUCAAGAUGAUGCUUAUAUUGGAUGCAUGAAGUCUGGUGAAGUAGUUUCUGAAGAGGGAAAACUGUGGUAUGAGCCUGAAUGGUGGAAAUUUGGUGAUCAGAAAACGUACUUUCGCCACGCAGCUGGUUCUAUUUUUAUACUGUCAAAGAAUUUGGCUCAGUAUAUUGACAUAAACAGUUUAUCUUUAAAGGCUUAUGCUCAUGAGGAUACAUCAGUGGGAUCAUGGAUGAUGGGUCUUCAAGCAACUUAUAUAGAUGACAGUCGGCUGUGCUGCAGUUACGCGGGCCAAGACAAGGCGUGCUCAUUGGCGUAA